AUGGGUACGGCCACGAGACGUAUCGCGACUUCACCAACAUAUUUCAAACCGGCACCGAGUGAGAUUCAGUAUGGCAAAAUGCGAUUUCUCAUCACUGAUCGACCAUCCGAUAUGAAUAUCAAUAAUUUUAUUGAGGAAUUGAGCAAGCAUAACGCUCGAGCUGUGGUACGGGUAUGCGAACCAACCUACGAGACAACGCCGCUGGUUUCGAACGGAAUCGAUGUUCUGGAUUGGGAAUUUCUGGACGGCAAUCCGCCGCCACCUGAGGUGAUAAAUAAAUGGUUGUCCCUAACGAAGGACAGUUUCAAGCAACAUCCUGAUCAGUGUAUUGCGGUACAUUGUGUCGCAGGUCUAGGAAGAGCGCCUGUGCUUGUAGCGGUAGCCCUAAUGGAAGCCGGUAUGAAAUACGAAGAUGCUGUCGAUCUCAUCAGAAGACAUCGACGAGGAGCUCUGAAUCAGAAGCAGCUGAAUUUCCUUGAGAAGUAUAAACCGAGUGGACAAUUACGGAAAUUAAGGUACGGGGUGGAUGGUAAGAAUGCAAAGGCUUGCUGUAUUAUGUGA